GCCUCUGGUGUCGCUAUGGCAACCCAGCAGCCCUCUUCGCUCCCCUUCCGUCGGACGCGUUCUCGCGAGAGCUGGCCGGGCCGGCGCGGAGAGUCCAGGAGCUCAGGGGCCUUUUCAAACGCAGCGGUAGCAGCGAACGAGAGUGGGGGCAGCGCCAAUGGCGUCAAAAUGGAUAAUGAUGAGACAGCAAAGGAAGAGAAAGCACCUGUGAAGGAAAAGUAUGUUCCAAAACCGAAGGCAAUUCCAUCUCUUGGAAACAAGAAUAGAUUCCAUCCUUAUUCAAAGGACAAGAAUUCAGGCACUGGAGAGAAGAAGACUAUUAACCGGAACAGAGUUUUCAUUAGUAACAUCCCAUAUGACAUGAAAUGGCAAGCUAUUAAAGAUCUUAUGAGAGAGAAAGUUGGUGAGGUUACAUACGUGGAGCUGUUUAAGGAUGCUGAAGGAAAAUCAAGGGGUUGUGGGGUGGUUGAAUUCAAAGAUGAAGAAUUUGUAAAGAAAGCACUAGAAACAAUGAACAAAUAUGAUCUUAGUGGAAGACCCCUGAACAUUAAAGAGGAUCCUGAUGGUGAACAUGCACGUAGGGCAUUACAGCGUGUGGGAGGACCGUUCCCAGGAGGACAUGGGCCAGAUAUGGCACCUGGAUUGAUGAAUUUGCCCCCUUCAAUUCUCAAUAAUCCAAACAUUCCUCCUGAGAUUAUCAGUAAUUUGCAAGCUGGCAGGCUUGGGUCCACGAUUUUUGUUGCUAAUCUUGACUUUAAAGUUGGCUGGAAGAAACUAAAGGAGGUUUUCAGUAUUGCUGGAACUGUAAAACGUGCAGACAUCAAAGAAGACAAGGAUGGCAAGAGUCGAGGAAUGGGGACAGUCACUUUUGAACAAGCAAUUGAAGCAGUUCAGGCGAUAUCUAUGUUCAAUGGACAGUUCCUGUUUGAUAGACCCAUGCAUGUAAAAAUGGACGACAAGUCAAUUCCUCAUGAAGACUUCCGUGUGGUGGAGAACAAGACACCACAGUUACCUCGUGGUCUUGGAGGUAUUGGGAUGGGACUUGGACCAGGUGGUCAGCCCAUCAGUGCAACCCAGUUGAGCAUGGGUGGUGGAAUGGGAAAUAUGGGUCCAGGAGGUAUGGGAAUGGAUGGCCCAGGCUUUGGAGGAAUGAACAGAAUGGGAGGAGGCAUCGGUGGGUUUGGUGGAAUGAAAGGAAUGGCUAACAUGGGAGGAUUCGGCGGAGUCAGCAGAAUGGGAGGGAUGGGUAGCGUAGAUGACUUCAGAGGAAAUAUGGGCAGUGGAAUGAGUGGAGGCAUUGGAACCAGUAUGGGAGGCAUGGCAACUGGCAUGGGAGCAGAAAUGUUCCGUGGUGGAAUGGGAGGAAGUAUGGACAGAGAUUUUGGUCGGAGUGACAUGGCAAUGAACCGGGGCUUUGGAGAUUCGUUUGGAAGAAUGGGUGGUGCAAUGGUUGGUGGUUUUGCAGGAGGAAUGGGAGCUUCUAGCAUGGGCCCAGUAGGAUCUGGAAUGAGUGGUGGAAUGGGUGGCAUGAAUAGUAUGACUGGAGGAAUGGGAAUGGGGAUGGACCGAAUGAGCUCCAGUUUUGAUCGAAUGGGACCAGCUAUGGGAGCCGGCCUGGACAGGAACAUUGAUAUGGAUCGAGGAUUUGUGGCUGGCCCAAUGGGAAGUGGUGUGAGAGAGAGAGGUUCUAAAGGCAACCAGAUAUUUGUCAGAAAUCUUCCAUUUGACUUGACCUGGCAGAAGCUAAAAGAGAAAUUCAGUCAGUGUGGUCAUGUAAUGUUUGCUGAAAUAAAAAUGGAGAAUGGAAAAUCAAAAGGCUGUGGAACAGUCAGGUUUGACUCACCAGAAUCUGCUGAAAAAGCCUGUAGAAUAAUGAACGGCAUAAAAAUCAAUGGCAGAGAAAUUGAUGUACGCUUGGAUCGCAAUGCAUAAUUUAAAACUAUGUUCAGGAACAUUCCUAUGUCUGUUUAGCUUCUGUAACCUAGUAAGUCAUUUUUAGUAACAUUGUAUGCUUACAAAAGCUGUAAAAACAAACUUUUAAAUCCCACCAGCCUUUAACAGUAUAGUGUUUAAUAUACUGUGAUUCUUGUUAACUAAAUCUUACUAUGUUUGGUUUUUAAGGACAGUUUGCCCGAUUUUCAGAUGUACUGAACACCUGCAGUCCCCUUAAAGACGGUGAGAACUGUUGGUUCUUAGCUGUGGAUGCUUGGUGCCUCUGAAAAAUUAGGUCAAGUGUCUCUAGUCAUUCAGUUUAAAUGAAUGGUUAUACUGUUUUUAAUAAAAUAAGCCAUUUUUCUCUGUU